GGCAGUCUCGUGACCAUCCAGGAAGAAGGAAUUUCAGCGCUGUCAACACAACGCUGACAGGGUUAAACGCUCAUAUUCAAGCAUAAUUAUCUCACAGUUUCAUAUUUGUGUCACUUCCUGUCAGCACAGCAAUGGACGGAACCGUGAAAGCAUCUCCAGACGCUGCAGCCGUGCCGCCGCAGUAUUUUAGAGGAAAUGAAAGCUCCCUGGUUUCAGCCCUCAAGACGCUGCUGUUCUUCACCAUCCUCAUGGUCACGGUGCCUAUUGGACUGUAUUUCGCAUCAAAGGUUUACGUCUUUGAAGGUUCGAUGAAGAUGUCAAGCUCUGACAGUUACUUCUAUGCAGCCAUUGUGGCGGUUCUUGCUGUGCAUGUGGUGCUGGCUUUGUUUGUUUAUGUGGCCUGGAACGAAGGCAUGCCCAAAGGCAAGGGCAAACAUGAUUAAGGCAUGUCCUUAUCAGCUUAUAAGACAAGAGGAGACAGACAGAUAGACAGAUGCAGGCAGGGAUCCAAACCCACCCAUUCUGCUCCCCCAAAAUUGUGGGCAUUAAGACCAUCUACAAUAUAGCACCAUCUACAAACCAGACAGUUAGGUUGUCUGGUUUGCACUGAGGCUUUUACAUGAGGUUGAAGUCUGAAACUACUCUGUUCUCUGGCCUGGGGGGAGUGGAGCCUGCUGGGUGUGCUUUCUCACCAGCCUCAGCAAGCCUGCUUUUUGACUUUUUGUUCUCUGAAAAUAUUACUUUUGUCAACAGAGGACGGCCCGUGUUUUUAAGAGGCUUUGUCAUAAGCUGCCAUUUGGCUAAGUGCUCGAAGUCCCUUCUCAGUAAAGAGUUUGUCUUGAAGGAAAGCAUCUUGGGUUUUGACUGAUGUGUGCAGGUGUGCACACACACUUUGUCUCAUGUUUAAUGCAUAUGAAAGAUCUGACUCCAAACUGCUUCAUUCAGCUGGAAUUUGUGUUACUUUAACCCACCUUAUGCUUAAGUCUCAUGCUGUGUUUUGGAACAAAAUCUUUGUGACGUCUCGUCCUUGAUCUAAUUAAGUCAUCUGUUAGCCCUUUUAAACCAAGUGUUUUUCUUUCAGAUGUAGUGCGUUUGUGUGCUGUAGCUUGGCAACAUUAUGAAACUUUGGUGUUGCAAUCAUUUACUAUUUCACACUGUACUUAAAUUCUGUGUUUUGUGUCAAUGACGUUCAGUGAUUUUUGAGAAUGUAGCCAGUGAAGUUGGUUGUCAUGCAGAUGUGAGUACUGACUUGUUCAAAUAAACAAAAAAAAUUGUAAA